AUGACUGAAUUGUUGGAGAACAGCUGUGUGAUGCUGGGGCUGCUGGUCCUUGUCCUGCCCGGGGUAGCAUGCAGUGCCCUGACCCAGAACCUUCUACAGCCAGACAAUGACCACAGAGACGGUGCCUCUGUGUAUCCCUUGGGUGGCUGUGUAUAUCUGUGGGUGUCCCUGUGUAUCUCUGUGUCUCUGUGUCUCUGUGAGUCUCUGUGUAUCUCUUGGGUGUCUGUGUAUAUCUGUGGGUGUCCCUGUGUAUCUCUGUGUCUCUGUGCUGUUGCCGUGACGACCCGGCCCCACAUCUACUACUGCCGCUCGCCCAACAUGGAGGUCUUCACCUGCUGGUGGCAUCCCCUUGACAACAACUCCGAGAGUGACAACGUCACCUAUAGCCUCACCUACUCCUUAGAAAAGGGGCCGAGGCGUGAGUGUCCAGACUAUGUAACGGGCGGCCCCAACAGUUGUCACUUUGACAGCGGCCACACGUCAAUCUGGACCAUAUACUGCAUGAACGUGAUGGCCAGGACCUCCCACGGAGUGUUCAGCUCCAAGGACCACUGUCUGGACGUGGCUGAUAUAGUGGAGACAGAGGCUCCGGUUAACUUGACCUACACCCUGUUGAACGAGACGGAGGAGGAAGCUGGCCGCACCGCCAUGGUGUCCUGGGUUUACCCCAAUCCCUCCCACAUCCAGUACGGUUGGAUCACCCUGGUCUUCGAGCUGCAGUACCGACGCAUCGCCGAGCCCAACAACUGGAAGGUGAAGGGCUUGCUGAGAGAGCCUUGGCUGGAGCUGCUGGAUCUGCCGGUAGGAGAGUACAUUGUCAGGGUGAGAUGCCGUUCCCGCAACAACGGUCUCUGGAGCAAGUGGAGCACCCCUGUCCUACUCUGUGUCCCAGUCAAAUCUACCCCCGAUAAGCUGCUGGCUCUGCUUUUGGUGACCGGUGUUGGGGUCAUGUUGUUGCUAGUCAUCGGCUUUGGAAUCAUCCUACAGGGCAAGAGGAUAAAAACAUUCCUUCUGCCUCCAAUUCCCAAACCACGCAUCAGAGGCAUCAAUCCCCUGCUUCUGAAGAAAGGGGGCUUUGAUGAGAUCAACCGUCAUUUCAUCUCCUUCCAUGGCUAUAAGCCCCCAAGCUACAGCGAGGAGGAUGUCUGGGACCCUGUCACCAUGGACAGCAACCAAUCUCUCCAGGCUCCCCCGGGGGCCCUAGCAGUCUGGAAGGAGGAUUAUGAUAUGGCCAUCCACAGCCAACUACUGGUCCAGACAACCUCCAGCCACGCCCCUUAUACACCAGUCCCCGCCUCUUACACCCCAGUCCCCGCCCCUUACUGCCAGGCUCCAAUGGAAGCCUUCCCGACCGCGUGGGAAUGGCCAAGAGCAAACCCCGACCAACCUGAGCUUCUGGUCUUCCCGGGCACUGACUACAGCAUGAUGGUGGAUCCCACCCCCGUCCCGCCUACGGACCAGCAGGCCCCGCCCCCAUCAUCCACCCAGGACUUCUACACGUGCGUGAACGUGCUGGGUGACAACGGACAAGUGCAUCUGGUGCCAUGCCUGCCCAACCACCUGAAACACAGCCCCUAUGUACAGCUGGAGGAGGAGCUAGAGGAAGGAGGGCUGGAGAAGAGCAGCCAGUUAGAUGACUACCUGGCUAAGAAGAUGGAGGCAGUAGCCAACGGGAGUGCUCCGGGAGAGACAGUGGUAGAGACAGAGGUGGAGACAGAGAGUGUGGAGCAGAGUGAAGUGGCUGUGCCUUUACUGCCUGGAACCACAGGUACACAGGGCAACAGGGUGUGACCAGUUAGCACACACACACACACACACACACACACACACACACACACACACACACACACACACACACACACACACACACACACACACACACACACACAGCAACAGGAAUUACUCCAGGCUAAAAUGAGGAUGUUAACUCAUGGAUGGACCUUUGAAUAUACUUACUUAAUAUACUAACAUAAUGAUGUGUUUUUGUGAGUGCACCGGCCUGGGACAUGAGUCCUCUGUGUCUAUCCCCCCCUCCCCCUUGCCUGCCAAAUGACAGUGACACUGCUGGACAGACACUGCUGCCACCUCUAUCCACUGCUGAUAUGGCAGGGACCAUGUUCUGACUACAUUCUCUCUGCGGGGAAUCAGAGAUGCAGCAUUUGACUGUGAGGUUUUCUUUCAGAGCAGAACCGAGGUCGGGAUACAAGAUGGAUUCCUUUUGACGCAGAAAAUCUGACAAGAUGAAAAAAAAAAACAUAAACUUGCAAAGUGAAUUGAACAAUAACAAUAGAUUCUCUGUAGAACUACAACUGUUGUUGUGUGGACUGAGUCACUGAAAGGUCAAUAUACUCACCUGUUCUUCGGUCCAAUCUUGUUAGAUAAUAAUGCCUGCGAACUCUCUUGUUGUUGGAUGUAGAAUUAAUGACCAACCACUCUGUGAAAGACGCUUCGAUUUUUAACAGUCAGGUUUUAGGGCUCUGUGAACUCAUUUAAUUGGAUUUAGGUGAAAAGUUUGACGAAUGCAAGAAUAGCAGUUGUACUUCACUGAGACCAGUCAUAGCCGUUCUGAGGCCCUGGCAGAAGUUAGCCUGCAUUUAGAGAACAGUGGAGCACACCAAAGAUCUGAACACCCAGACCAAGAGAGCAGUACACUUCUUCAAAUAUAAAUGUAUUUUUAGAGAGAAAUGAUUGUAAUUAUUAGAAUGAAUGAAUUACAGAGGAAAUACGUUAAUAUAUCAAAUGCACUAUUGACGAGAAAUAUAACGAGGCAAUGUUAUAAUAAUAAUAAUGAUAACAGUAAAGUACACUUAGAAAGUGAACUGUCUGGGUUCAAUCUAUGAACUAAAUCCCAGAUUUAACUGUAUGCUUCAUACUCAGGAACACAACCAAGCAUACAGUAGGAAGUCAACCCAGUAAAGGUGCAGUCUACUUUCAGUCCCGUGUGACGGCACAACCAAGCAUACACUCAAAACUUGUUUUCCUUUUCUUGAAUUUUUGGUCAGAAAUGAAACUACAGAUUGCACUGUAUUCAAAACAAGUGAUGGUCAUUUUUGGUAAAAUUUAUAAUUUUCGGUCUGUAAAACAGCCUUCACUAUGCAGUGCUACAUGUGCUCUGACUAUUAACUACAUGCUGGAUUUGAAAGCACUUAUUUACCAGAACAUAACACAUGCAGCUCGCUCAGGGGAGAAGAGAGAGGGGGCUAAAGAAAAGAGCACUGUGAUCAUUUGAUUGAUUUUUACAUAGAAAAUGAGGCGACCAGACGAGUAGGGAGAAAACACAUCUUCUGAAGUGGACAAACAAUGGUUAAAGCGUCUAAUGUUAUGUACAGGAACAAGACAUUUUCACCACACCCACAUACUUGAGUAGAUGUGUUUUUCACAGUGAUUUCUUCAUAAAAUCUUUGACAAGCUUUCCUGGUGAAUAGGAGGGCAUGUGUGCUAUUUAGACAAUGGAGGCUUUUAUAAUGACAAAAGUAAGACGCUCCCAGAUGCUAGGAAGAUAACCUUGAAGGUGUGUGGAUGGCAGUCUAAUAUUUUCAGAGGAUUUUUACACUAAAUAUAUGCAUUGUUUUCUGAAAGAAACAUGGAGAAACAAAUAAUAUGCAUCACCUGUGAAAUAAACCACUCUCAGAGCAUUUGAAAUGUCGGGGUACAGUUUAAUAACAUCGGAAGCAGUUCAUUAGCCAUUUAACACACUGGAUAACAAUGAUAACACACACAGUACGAUAUGAUGCAACGAGUAGCUUAAAAACUUUGUACUAAAACACUGUGUUCCUAUUACACUGGCCCUGUGGAUGGAUCUUGGUUAGUCUAUUACACUGGCCCUGUGGAUGGACCUUGGUUAGUCUGUUACACUGGCCCUGUGGAUGGACCUUGGUUAGUCUGAAACAAUGGCCCUGUGGAUGGACCUUGGUUAGUCUGACACACUGGCCCUAUGGAUGGACCUUGGUUAGUCUGAAACACUGGCCCUGUGGAUGGACCUUGGUUAGUCUGUUACACUGGCCCUGUGGAUGGACCUUGGUUAGUCUGAAACACUGGCCCUGUGGAUGGACCUUGGUUAGUCUGUUACACUGGCCCUGUGGAUGGACCUUGGUUAGUCUGUUACACUGGCCCUGUGGAUGGACCUUGGUUAGUCUGAAACACUGGCCCUGUGUAUGGACCUUGGCUAGUCUGAAACACUGGCCCUGUGGAUGGACCUUGGUUAGUCUGUUACACUGGCCCUGUGGAUGGACCUUGGUUAGUCUGAAACACUGGCCCUGUGGAUGGACCUUGGUUAGUCUGAAACACUGGCCCUGUGGAUGGACCUUGGUUAGUCUGAAACACUGGCCCUGUGGAUGGACCUUGGUUAGUCUGAAACACUGGCCCUGUGAAUGGACCUUGGUCAGUCUGUUUUACGUGUUGGUAAAUAUUUAAGGUUUAAAUUAUGUUUUUAAUGUCUCUCUCUUGGUUUUUCUCGCUCCCCCCCUCUCUAUGAAGUCAGGUGGUUUCUCUACCAUCAGUAGUCCUGUACAGUGCUUUUCUCUGUGUUGUCAUACUGUUCUGUUCACUGUUGUACUCUGCUGUGCCGCUUCAAGUUUGUGCCUUGACUUGACUGUGUGGAACUCUCCUGUCCUUAUAAGUGCUCACACUGGUAGACUGAAAUUAUAUAUUUUUCUAACGCGAUAGACGCGAUAGACAGACACACACACACACACACACACACACACACACACACACACACACACACACACACAUAGACACACACACACACACACACACACACACACACACACACACACACACACACACACACAGACACAGACACAGACACACACACAGACACACACACACACACACACACAGACACACGAUAACACAGACAACAGCGGUAUUUGUGAAGGCCAUAUAGGACACGUAGAAGCAGUCAGGUCAAAUUGUUUCUGUUCUGUACAUGGGAUACGGUGGGGUGCGUGAGUUAUGUUGUUUGUUUUGGAAGCUAUGUCCCAUGCUGCAAGAUCUUUCCCAUGCAGUGAAUAAAGCCUACUGCUGACCUGUCUCCA